UGAUGACCGGUAUCUUUAUCUCCGAGGAAGAUUAACCUCACAUGACCUUUAACCUCCCCCGUCCUCAAUGAAGAUAUGGGUGUCGAGAAUUCUCAUGUAAAAUGCACGCUCUGUGUGGUAGUUGCUCGCUGUCCUGUCGAUUUUCUGUGAACGUUUAAAAUCUAAUCAAAAAUGGCGUGUGUUAGACUUGGACCAGUAGGUUGUUAACUUAACUCUCACGUUUUAAUCUCGGCAUUUGUUGUUUUCUGCAAGAGUUCGGCUGUUGGAUUUAUGAGAACGCUCCUCGUUCAGUCGGCGCUGUAUUCGGUCUGUUGACUGUCGGCAGCUGUUUACACACAAUGGGAGGACGGUUACGGAUAGCCCUCCUACAGCUGUUGGCCAGAGAUUCGAAGUCCAAAAUUCUUCAGAGAACUGAGGAGUAUAUCUCCCAAGCAGCAGACAAUGGAACCAAACUUGCCAUUUUACCAGAACUUUUUACCACGGAACUCCAUCCCCCAGUUUUUAUGGAGAAGAAAGAAAAUGUCCCUGAUGGCGAGACCUGCCAAGCCAUGUCACAUUUAGCCAAAAAAUACAACAUGCAUAUAGUAGCAGGUUCUGUCGCGGAACAAAUAACGGGAAGUGAGAAAAUGAAAAACACCAGCAUUAUAUUCAACCCUAAAGGAGAAUUAGUGGGAAAAUAUACGAAGAUGCACAGCUUUGAUGUUGAUCUAGGAGAACGAUUGUCAAUUCACGAGUCUGAAUGGUUCGAACAUGGCAACAGUCCAACAACAUUUAAAACAGAUAUAUGCAAAGUAGGAGUUGGAAUUUGUAUCGACAUUCGCUUCCCUGAAAUAUCUCGUUAUUUCACAGAACAAGGUUGUAAUUUGCACGUGUACCUCGGAGCGUUCAGCGCCGCUAGAACGGGACCGGCACAUUGGGACGUGCUGGCACGAGCACGUGCAAUCGAUAAUCAGGUGUAUCUAGCGGCGUGCUCCCCCGCCCGGGACGAUUCUCAUCACUACGUGGCCUGGGGCCACAGCGUCGUGGUGGAUCCAUGGGGGAAAAUAAUAAGCCAAGCAGAGAGUGAAGAGUCCAUGAUUUAUGCAGAUCUAGAUAUGAAUUAUUUAAAUGAAAUGAGAGAGCAACUUCCUGUAGAAGAAAUCCGGCGGAAGGAUUUGUACCACACUACAUACAACUGGGAGUGAAAAAAUCCGGCGAACUACAAUUCCAUACACAUCCAAAUUAACUUAAUCAGAAAGAUGAACUUUUUAAUCUCCAUGAGUUGUUCUCCUGUAGUAAAUCAUACAAAUAUAUACAGGUACACUGGCAGAUCUUUGAAGGGAAAAUUUGUUUUUGACCUUUAGGGGACCAGUCCCCUACCCCCUUUAAAAAAAAGAAGAAGAAAACCCAAAAUGAGGUCGCACCCUCCGCAGACAAAAAUCCUGGAUCCACUCCUGUAUACUAUUUUAAAUGAUAAUUUAAUCAUAAUUUUUUAAUGUUAAAAACCUUUGCUGCAAUGCACUUUAAGUGUUCCGCCUGCCAAUGAUUCGUGACAUGGAAUAUGUUAUAUCAUUAUUAUAUUACACAUGUGUUAUAUCAUUAUUAUAUUACACAUGUGUUAUAUCAUUAUUAUAUUACACAUGUGUUAUAUCAUUAUUUUAUUAUACAUGUUAUAUCAUUAUUACAUUAUACAUGUUAUAUCAUUAUUAUAUUACACAUGUGUUAUAUCAUUAUUAUAUUACACAUGUGUUAUAUCAUUAUUAUAUUACACAUGUGUUAUAUCAUUAUUAUAUUACACAUGUGUUAUAUCAUUAUUAUAUUACACAUGUGUUAUAUCAUUAUUACAUUAUACAUGAUUAUAUAUACUUUGUUUUAAUUCAUAUUAAGUACACAUAGAGAAUAUUAUACAUAUGUUAUAUACGUACAAUAUCAUGUAAUUACAUUUUGUCAGAAGAUGUUGAUUUUAUCAAUAAAUUACAUACACUUUUAGAAAUCGUGAUAUCAUAAAACUAGUGUAUUGAUGUUUUAUCCGUAAAUAGUAUAUAAACUUUAAUGUAUUUACAUGUAUGUAAAAUCGUUUGUCGUACAUUUUAAAGGUUUUAUCAAGUUUUAUUUACUUUCACAUUCAUAGUUAAUUUCUAAAUGAAAUGGUUCUGA